UCUGAGCUAUCAAAGAAAUUACUGCUGCUUUUACUACUAACUAAUUCGACGGUCCCAGGAAGCUUCUUCAAUGGCUGAUAGCCUCGUGAUGAUGAAAACCUGCUAAGGAAUAAUCCUCUGUUUCUCCCCUCCUUCUCUCUCUCCGUCUCCGCCAUCAAAAUGCGCUCCAAGGACAGAAUCUCCUACUUUUAUGACGGGGAUGUGGGAAACGUAUACUUUGGGCCGAACCAUCCGAUGAAGCCGCAUCGCUUAUGUAUGACCCAUCAUUUAGUUCUCGCCUAUCAACUCCACAAGAAGAUGGAAGUUUAUAGGCCGCACAAAGCGUAUCCUGUGGAGCUAGCGCAGUUUCAUUCGGCUGAUUAUGUGGAGUUUCUGCAUAGGAUUACUCCCAGCACUGAGCAUUUGUUCCCUAAUGAAUUGGCGAAGUAUAAUCUCGGCGAAGAUUGCCCUGUGUUCGAAAACUUGUUUGAGUUUUGCCAAAUUUAUGCUGGAGGAACAAUAGAUGCAGCACACAGAUUGAAUAAUGAGCUUUGUGACAUUGCCAUAAACUGGGCUGGUGGAUUGCACCAUGCCAAGAAGUGUGAGGCAUCUGGAUUUUGUUACAUUAAUGAUCUAGUUCUUGGAAUCUUGGAGCUUCUUAAGCAUCAUGCCAGAGUGCUGUACAUUGAUAUUGAUGUGCAUCAUGGGGAUGGUGUAGAAGAGGCCUUUUACUUCACUAAUAGGGUUAUGACUGUUAGUUUCCACAAGUAUGGCGAUAUGUUUUUUCCUGGAACUGGUGAUGUCAAGGAAAUUGGAGAAAGAGAAGGAAAAUUUUAUGCCAUCAAUGUCCCUCUCAAGGAUGGAAUAGAUGAUAACAGCUUUACUCGACUCUUCAAAACCAUUAUUUCGAAGGUUGUUGAAACAUACUUACCUGGGGCAAUUGUUCUCCAAUGUGGGGCAGAUUCUCUCGCAGGGGAUCGUUUGGGCUGCUUCAACCUUUCUAUAGAUGGGCAUGCUGAAUGCGUUCGUUUUGUGAAGAAAUUCAAUUUGCCCCUUCUGAUAACUGGGGGUGGAGGAUACACCAAAGAGAAUGUUGCUAGAUGCUGGGCUUUUGAAACUGGAGUUCUUUUAGACAUGGAGCUUCCUAAUGAGAUCCCAGAAAAUGAUUACAUCAAAUUUUUUGAACCAGACUAUUCGCUGAAGAUUCCUGGUGGACACAUAGAAAACCUUAAUAGCAAGUCCUAUCUUGGCACAAUAAAGAUGAAUGUACUGGAAAAUCUUCGUUACAUACAACAUGCUCCUAGUGUACAGAUGCAAGAGGUACCUCCAGAUUUUUACCUGCCUGAUUUUGAUGAAGAUGAGCAGAAUCCUGAUGAACGCAUGGAUCAACAUACCCAAGACAAGCAAAUCCAGCGUGAUGAUGAAUAUUAUGAUGGUGACAAUGACAAUGAUCAUAACAUGGAGGAUAUGUGAUGUGUAAAUUGUAGAAUUAACUGUAGGAACUUUCUAUUCUUUUGGGAGGAUUAGGUGUCAGCUCGGGAAGAGGCAUUCACAGAAGAUAGAUGUUAGGUUCCUCAGACGUGCUAGGGAUGGUGGAGCAUUCCACCUGUUCUUUUGUUUGUUCUGUGCGCAACGUUCUGUAAAUUAUCCAUGCCUUUGUAAUUCUUAUGCUGCAAGUAUUGACAGGUUGAGAUGGGUAGGUAAUUCUCAUGCCUUUGCUGUAAUUGGAGGAAGCAGUUAAUAGUGACACAAUAUGUUAAUGCAGUAGUACUAAAGCUUGGUGAUCUUGAACACAGAAUGUGAAUCUAUAUGUUGAUGUCCAUAAGACCAA